UCCGCGGGCCUGGCGCGCGCGGGGGCGGCCGGCGGGGUCCCGCGCGGCCUCGGCGUUCGCGCGCAGAGCGCGGUCGGCGGGCUGGCGAGCGGCGGCGGCGGCGGCCGCGCGGCGCGGCGGCGGCGCCAGCUAGAAGCUGCAGCCCAGAGCCCUCUCGCGGCCGCGGCGGCAGCAGCAGCGCCAGCCCCAGCAGCACUGAAGCUGCCGCCGCCGCCUGGCGCUCCCGCCGCCCGGCCCGACAUGAGUGAGGCGGGUCGGGUACCCUCGCCCGCCACUCCGCUGGUGGUGGCGGCGGCCGCGCCUGAGGAGAGGAAAGGGAAGGAGCCGGAGCGCGAGAAGCUGCCGCCCAUCGUAUCGGCUGGCGCCGGCGCGACCGCGGGUUUGGACAGAGGAGCCAAAGGCCAAAUUUCCACUUUCAGCAGUUUUAUUUCAGCUAUUAGCCCGAAGAAAGAAGCCGCUGAAAACAGAAGUUCACCUGCACAUCUUGUUUUCCCUAACAUCAAGAAUGUGAGAGACCAACCACCAAUUUGCCUUGAUGUUAGACAAAAACAGCGUGUAUCUAUGGAUGCAUCAUCAUCCGAAAUGAAGGCCCCAGUCCUUCCAGAACCUAUUCUUCCUAUCCAGCCCAGAACUAUGAAAGACUUUCAGGAAGAUGUAGAAAAAGUUAAGUCAUCAGGAGAUUGGAAAGCAGUACAUGAUUUUUAUCUAACAACAUUUGAUUCUUUCCCAGAAUUAAAUGCUGCAUUUAAGAAAGAUGCCACUGCCUCAUUUAACACCAUUGAAGACUCUGGGAUUAAUGCUAAAUUUGUGAAUGCUGUGUAUGAUACCUUACUUAAUACUCCUCAAGACAUUCAGAAGACAGUACUAAAGGGAAUCAUUAACAGCCUGUUACGAGAAUGGAAAGGUCCACGAACAAAAGAUGAUCUUAGAGCAUAUUUUAUACUUUUACAGAUAAUUUUGAAAAUAGAAAAUGUAAAUUUUGAUUGCCAUUGUUUUGUAAUCUUUACCAGAUUGUCCCAGAAGAGGUUCAAACAAUUGGUAGAGAGAUUGCUGCAAUUUAUUUCUUUACGCUUGUUUCCUGCAAAGCCUGAAGAAUUUCCACCUCUAACAAAGUGUUCCUGGUGGAUUCCAUCAGCUGCUAAAGUGUUGGCUUUACUUAAUACUGCAAACAAUUUAGUUCACCUUCCCCUUAUUCCUUAUACUGAUUUCUAUAAUUCUACAUUGGAUCACAUUGAUCUUAUGGAAGAAUAUCAUACUUGGCAAAACUUUGGAAAUUCUCACAGGUUUUCCUUCUGUCAGUACCCAUUCGUUAUUUCUAUAGCUGCAAAAAAAAUCAUUAUUCAAAGAGACUCAGAGCAACAGAUGAUAAACAUCGCAAGGCAAAGUCUGGUGGAUAAAGUAUCUCGAAGACAGAGACCCGAUAUGAAUAUGUUAUUUCUAAAUAUGAAAGUAAGACGGACACAUCUGGUUAGCGAUUCACUUGAUGAGCUAACCCGGAAAAGAGCAGACUUGAAAAAGAAGUUAAAAGUUACAUUUGUAGGGGAAGCUGGUUUGGAUAUGGGUGGUUUGACUAAAGAAUGGUUCCUUCUUCUAAUUCGCCAAAUUUUUCAUCCAGAUUAUGGCAUGUUUACAUAUCACAAGGAUUCACACUGCCAUUGGUUUAGCAGCUUUAAAUGUGAUAACUAUUCUGAAUUCCGAUUGGUUGGAAUUCUUAUGGGACUAGCUGUUUAUAACAGCAUCACCUUGGAUAUUCGUUUCCCUCCCUGCUGUUACAAGAAAUUAUUGAGCCCUCCCAUCAUUCCUAGUGAUCAAAAUAUACCAGUAGGCAUCUGCAGUGUUACCGUUGACGACUUAUGUCAAAUUAUGCCUGAGUUGGCCCAUGGAUUAAGUGAACUCUUAUCACACGAAGGCAAUGUUGAAGAAGAUUUCUAUUCAACAUUUCAGGUUUUUCAAGAAGAAUUUGGAAUAAUCAAGUCCUAUAAUUUAAAGCCCGGUGGUGAUAAAAUUUCAGUUACCAAUCAAAAUAGGAAAGAAUAUGUACAGCUUUAUACUGACUUCCUUCUGAACAAAUCCAUCUAUAAGCAGUUUGCUGCAUUUUAUUAUGGAUUUCAUAGUGUGUGUGCUUCAAAUGCCCUAAUGCUGCUUCGCCCAGAAGAGGUUGAAAUUUUGGUCUGUGGAAGUCCUGACCUGGAUAUGCAUGCUCUGCAGAGAAGUACUCAGUAUGAUGGCUAUGCAAAAACGGACUUAACUAUAAAAUACUUUUGGGAUGUCGUGCUUGGAUUUCCUCUUGAUCUUCAAAAGAAGUUGCUACAUUUUACUACAGGGAGUGACAGAGUACCUGUAGGAGGAAUGGCUGAUUUGAACUUUAAAAUCUCAAAGAAUGAAACUUCUACUAAUUGGUUACCUGUGGCCCAUACCUGCUUCAAUCAACUUUGCCUUCCCCCCUACAAAAGCAAAAAAGACCUGAAACAGAAGUUAAUCAUUGGAAUUUCAAAUUCAGAAGGUUUUGGACUUGAGUAACCUAGAAGACUUGAAAUAUAAUCUUUUAUAUGUAGCAUUCACUUCCCUCUUACUGUGCCUUUAGCCUUUUCAUGUUUCUGUCUCAAAACACUCACAAAGCUUAUCAACUUCAAAAUAUUAAGUUUUUAAAAAAUCAAAUAUGAAGUAUGUUCAGCAAAGGCAUAAUUUUCUAAAAACACAGAAAUUGCUUGAGUGAGGAAAAAUCCACAUGGCAGAGAGAGGUAUGGUCCAGUUCCUCUUUUUUAUAGCACUUUAUCAUUCUCCACAAGUAGUUUGUCACAGGCAUUCCACUGGGAAAGCAAAGUACAGUGAAGAAUGAAUUUAUGGUAUAAUUAAACCCAGUGGCAGAUUGUACACUGCUAGCCCUGCUAGCACACAGUAGCAAAGCAAACAGCUACAUUAUCUUUAACAUAAGGCAUGUAGCCAUAUUUUCAUAUAGCGGUAUACAACACAGUAUCAUUGCAAAUGCAGUUUACAGGGUUUUUUGAUAUACUGGCUUGGGACCUUUAAGAUUCUUCUCAGCUGUUGCUGAAAAGCAUGUAAAUAACUACAUAAUAGCCUGAGAAUAAUGGGAUUUUGAUAGUGCCAUUUAUUGUUAAAGAUUUAUUUUUACAAAGUAAAUUCAGGGUUUUAGAUGUGUACACAGCUUUUACAAAUCAAAGAUGAUUGUACAAGAGUAUUUUCAGACUAAUUGGAUUCAAGGUUAUAUUCUUUUAAGUGUUGUUAGUCUGCAUGCACAUUGGCAGUAAACUAGUUACUUGUGUACUCUGUAAUAUUUGUAUAAUGAUCAUUUCUUCUUAAGGCUCAAGAUAUUAGAAAAGAAAUCAGACCUAAAUAAUCAUUGAUGAAGUAUGUCAGUUACAAGCACAAAAGAAUAUAACUGCUUUUAUAAAUUUUUUGAAUGAUGUACAAGACUUAUAUCUACAUUUUUUGAUCACCAGUUGGACCAAAACACUAAUUUUUGAAAAAGGUAGGUUAAAGUAUUUGACAAAAGUGAAUACAAUAAUAAUAUUUGUGUCAAAAUGAUAUAGCUUGAUAUACAAAUAAAAUUCAACGUUUUGGCCAAAAUGUUUGUUUUUCACUGGAUUCUGAAUAUAGUAAAUUCGAAGUACCCUUUUUUUAAGAGUUUCUAAUAAAGUAGUAUGUAAAAAGAAACCGCAUUUUAAGUCAGACGGUAAAUGUUUUUUGUUUUUUAUUUACAGCAAAUGAAGCAGUUUUAUUAGCAUGUAACAAAUAUUGCCAAACCAAGACUUCUCUACCAUACUUUGACAGCUUUCCUUCAGAAAACUCUGAAGUUAUAUUUGCAAUAAUAAUGAAACCAGCAGUUAGUACCAGCAUAUGGUUCAUGUGCAAAUAAUUCUUUCCCCAAAAUCUUUCUGGGCUAGGCUAUUUUCUUGCUAUGCUUCCUGCACCCAACCAGCAGAAUUCUUCCAGGGUGGAGGAACUAAUCAGCUUAUUCUCCAACAGUUCUGAAUCCAACCCACAAAUCUUUGAGAAAGAGGGGUUACUUUGUUUACUGUUCUCUUUGAGAUGGAAGUGAUUCUGCUUUUCCAUUUGGGUAUAUUAUUUCAAGGGUAUUUCUUCUUAAAAAUCUUGGAAAGCCUAAGUAAGAGAGUUAAAGGCAUCCUGGUUUUGUUUCAUUUUGCUCUGUUUUAAAUCCAUAUGCAAAUAAAACUGCUUCUCUCUUACACUGCUUGAACUAGAAAAUCAGCUUUUUAAUGUAGGUUACCACUUAUAAGCACAAAAGAAACAUGUAUAAGAAACCAGAUUUAAGUGUUUUAAAUAAAAUAUAAACAGUUUUUAUUUGGUAGAGAUGACUCAUGGAAAAAUUGUGUUGGCUUGGUCUGCAUGUUUAAUGAUGUGCUUGUAUAUCGAUUGCUGUGUCACUUUUAAAUAAGAAGUCCACACAAGCAAGCCAAAUUUUUAAAUGACGAAGUCCAUAAAUAACUAGAGAAUUUUUGUUAUCUGUUGUUAAGUUGAAAUUUAUAAUGAUGUAUCACUAAAUUGCACAUUGCCUUUAUUUAUUUAUGCUCUGUUUUUGGUUUACAGUGUAAUAAUACCUCAUUUAAAAAAUAAAAACCACUACUGUUACCUUUUGUUAAUUUAAAAAGCUAGAAAACUCAUGUAGUUACUUUUUUACAUAUAUAAUCUGUUGAUGAAUUCUUGAUUUUUGUAUCUGCCACAGUAAAUUAAAGCAUUACAUAGUAUUUAUCAGUAUUUUUUAAAUGUCCUGUCCUUUUUUAAAAUCUUUGCCUAGUCAUAUUAUUGUCUGUAUGAUUAGAAGAUUUUACGUCCUUCCUUUUUUGUACAAAUCUGUAUUGUGUUAAAUUAAUUUCUGGAUGCAAUUUUUCAAAUAUUAAAAUUAUACACUCA